AUGUUUGCGAUGACGGAAGUUACGUUACAUGGGAUUCUGUACGUCGGUGAUUCCGGCUCUCAUUUCGUUUUUCGCAGGGGAAAAUACUCCCUUUCGUUUCGUGUCUUUUUUGGCAUUUCAGCUGUUACCGAUAUUUCUGUCCCGCUUCAAACAGUUGUCAGCCUUGAGCGAGAUUUUGCUCAGGAUGUGUACUAUAACUCAGUGCACGUUACGCUUUCGGUUGAUCCAUGUUUUCUUAUCACAUGUGCUUGUUGUUUCGUUGCGCUUCUUUCAUUUCGCUGUUUUAAGGCGCAGUCUUACAGUCCUCCGACCUACGCUGUUCCACCGGUUGAAGAAGACUGGGCGGUUCUUCCAACAGCCCCCGUGCAUUACCCUCAGCUUCCCCAUCCGUCGAAUGAACAGCGACUGCAUGAUGUGGCACCACCGUAUCCAUCUGCACCACCCACCACGAUGCACAAUGAUGAUGAUUUUGACGAAUGGACCGAAGAUGACGAUGAAGCCUUGAGUGCCCAUCCCAACUCGCAGGAGGCUGAAACAUUGCACGAAGCUCACUUUUCGCUUAGAAAACGCAUUUGCGGAUCGGCUCAGAAUGUUGACUUUUCCACUCUGUUGUACACUUCCGAACGAACGUUCCUUAAAGCACCAUGCAGAAUACCGCCUUGA